AUGAAAUAUCCACAUAUUUUAGCAGAGUGGGGAGCAGGCUAUAAAACUUGAUUUAAGUUGGUUUCUGCCACAAACAAGUUCAGACAAAGUGUCUCUGUGCCACUGAGAGUCCAUUUUACUUCAUCUAAUUUCAAAGAACGAAACGGUCGGUGGUUGAACAGAAGACCAAAAUGGCAUUAAUGCUUUUAGAGGCAAAGUGGAAAACAGCCCUGAGCUCCAUCCUGGAGGAGCUGACCGAUUCACAAUUCAGGAAAAUGCUGCUAAAUCUGGUCAAAAUCCCUCAAGGAGUGAAGGAUGGCAAGGCCAGAGAAGAUAUCCCUUAUUUAAUUGUCCAAUACUACAGGACUGAAGAUUCCAUCUCUGUAAUCGAUAAAGAAAUGAAGAAUAUACCAAGGCACGAUGCUGCAGUCCAGGAGCCGCUGCGCCCCUUUGUGGAGAAACUGAAGAAACAACGGCAAGGAAAAAAAGGGACGACAAGAAAACUUUCAAUUGACUACGGAUCAGUGGCCAAAAAGCUAAAACCUGCAGCUGAUCAACUGAAGAGCUCCCAACCUGACCAGGUGAGAAAGACAAAGAUGGAUCCUGUUAAAGCCGCGAAGCCCAAAAAGAAGCCCAAAAAGAAGACAGAAAAGCAAGACUCAUACCUGAAACAUCAAGCAUCAGCUUCAGCAUCAACUAAUAUGGAUCGUGUUGGAGCCGUGGAGACUGAAAAGACAGAGGAACAAGAUUUGUCCCUGAAACCAGUUGAAUCCAUAAAAACCUUCAAGGUUCUAAGUGCUGCUGUCCAGACUGGGAAGAUUCAAAUAAUGGGAAUUAAAAAGUCCAAUAAGACGAACACUCACCUGGUGGUGGAGUUCAACAAGCGAAAGCGGAAUGUGUUUAUGACAACUCGACUUCUGGCAAACGCAUUUGGCCUCAAAGUGGAGGAUGAUUUUGAAAGGCAACUCCGCUAUCAAAUGCCGCUCACAGCAGAAGCAAAACUUCAAGGAAAAAAAGUUACGGACAUUAAAAAGAUGGAUCCUGUUGGAGAUGUGAAGCCCGACCAGAAGACAGAAGAGCAAGAUUUGUCCCUGAAUCUAUCUGCACCCUACAAAACCUUUAAGGUUCAAAGUGCUGCUGUCCAGACUGGAAGGAUUCAAAUAGUUGGAAUUAAAAAGUCCAAUCAGACGAACACUCACCUGGUGGUGAAGUUCAACAGCAAGACGCGGAAUGUUUUUGUGACAACUCGACUUCUGGCAAACACAUUUGGCCUUGAAGUGGACGAUGAUUUUGAUAGAAGACUCCGCCAUCAAAUCACAGCAGAAGCAAAACUUCAAGGAAAAAAAAUUACAGAGAUUAAAAAGGUGAAAAAGACAUUAUCUGUAGAAUGCUCAAAGUGCUGCUGUCCAGACUGGGAGGAUUCAAAUAAUGGGAAUUAAAAC